AUGACCACUUGGAAGCUGCUUCUGGUUUUGGGUUUAGCCGUUGGCGCAACACGAUGUUCGGACCUGGAGAUUCACGACGAGGAGCCUGACAUCGUGUGCAUGGUGAACAUCUAUCCGGAUAUCAGUGAUGCAAUUCUGAACAAGCUUGAAGUCUGUGAUUUUAUCAUCGUAAGCUACGACGGCUUGUGCGAUUUUGCGAGACAUCUGAAGAACUAUUCCGACGCCAAACGAGUCGCUUUGAUCCGUGGUAGAGCACCGCAUGCGAAAAUUCUGCGCAAGGUUGAGGUAAAGUUCGAUGAGACCUUUGACCCCAACCAUGCGGUUCAGAACGUUGAGGGUAGUUUGGCGGCGGGACUCUUCGAUGGAGUGGAGUUGGCUUUCGAUUCGGCACAUCUGGAUCAACAUGAACAGAUCAAAUAUGCUCAAUUUCUCAAGCUGCUGAAACGCCACCUCGACGAUCACGUGCUGAUCUCGAACUCUUUCGUUUGCCAACACCAUCUUCCGGCUUUUUUGCUCAACGCGAUGAGCGAAGUACUGGACUACGUCAUAUUGGUACCAUCAUCCCAGAAUGCUUCCGCCGAGGGAAAUGCUCUGGCACCUCGAGUGUACUCCGACUCGGUUUGCGAGCUACAGAACGAGCAGCAACGGCACUGUGAAGAGCAGCAAUACCAGAACUGUUCCUUGUUUGAAGACGGUGUUAAGCUUGUAUACGACGAUCCAAAUUCGGCUGGUGGACGUGCCUUACAGGUCGUUGGUUGCAAACUGAGAGGUAUAUCCAUUGCGCUGAGCUACGAUGAUCCAGCUGGAAUAUGCGUGGGAUCAAGCUUUCCACUGUUGGGCGCUGUUCAGAACGUGUUCGAGCAUCGUUCCGGUGUUUCAGGAUUCCGAGGAUGCCCCUGUGGAACGGAUGAAUCCGAAGAGGAAGAGCAUGAAACCGAUUCUCCAUGCCACUCAAGCGAGCACCACCAGUCGGAUAGUCAUGAAGCAGAUGAUUGCUGUUGCAACAGUGAAAAGCCUUGCGAUGGAUGUAAACUGCUGAAUCGUCUUCAAGGAGCAGUGAAAACUUCCGAACACGUCGCUGGUAUUUCGAAAAGUGUCGCAGACAAGGUCUUGGAAUCACUAGAUAGAGUUGUUGAGCUUGUAUCUUACACCAUGGGCCAACGUCCAGAGUUGCCUGAAUCUCCUCAGCCAGCUCCCUUCCACUUGCACCUAGCCCUCUGA